AUGUUUAAAAAUUAACAUUAAAAAAGGAAGGAUAUAUCUACAGAUCUAAUCUCUUAAGCAGAACAGUAAAGAAUUCAUAAUUUUGUAUACUCAAAUAAGCUUAUUAUUGAAAAUCAAUUUAAUGGAGUAAGAUUUAUUAUCGUAUUUUUAGCUUAUUAAAACAAUUUUGUUUAGAUUUCGCAAAGUUUUAACAUAUUGAAUUCAGCUUAUAUUAAAUACCAAAGUAAAAAAAUAACAACAAAUGGAAAAUUUAAUCCUAUACAAUGCUCUAUGAGAUCAUAUGACAAAAGAGAAUGUCCAAAAUACAUGUAUACUGAGCAACAAAAGAGUUUUCUUUACCUAGAAUAGUGGUUUGAUGUUAACAUAUAUUAAUUUGAUAAGCUUAGCAGUCAGUAGAAACUUCAGCUUUCAUUGGUAAUAAUAUAUUUAUUUAUUUUUGAAUGA